AUGGCCAACGCCCUAUACAACAUCUACCGGUUGGCUGGUCCCGUGGCCGCCGGUGCCAUCCUCUUCAACGCCUCGAUCUACGACGUUCGCGGCGGAACCCGCGCCGUCAUCUUCGACCGAAUCUCAGGUGUGCAAGAGACGGUGGUGAAUGAAGGAACACACUUUUUGAUUCCCUGGUUGCAACGCGCCAUCGUGUACGAUGUGCGCACCAAGCCUCGCAACAUCUCGACAACCACCGGAAGUAAGGAUUUGCAGAUGGUGAGCUUGACGCUUCGUGUCUUGCAUCGUCCGGACGUGCCGAAGCUGCCUCAGAUUUACCAGUCAUACGGUACCGACUACGAUGAGCGUGUGCUACCCUCCAUCGGAAAUGAAGUCCUCAAGGCGAUCGUCGCCCAAUUCGACGCGGCCGAGCUGAUCACUCAGCGUGAAGCCGUCUCCAAUCGCAUCCGCAACGACCUCUUGAAGCGUGCGUCGCAGUUCAACAUCGCCCUCGAGGACGUCUCCAUCACCCACAUGACCUUUGGCAAGGAGUUCACUCGCGCCGUCGAACAGAAGCAGAUCGCCCAGCAAGAUGCCGAGCGGGCCCGGUUCAUCGUCGAGCGUGCCGAGCAGGAGCGUCAAGCCAACGUCAUCCGUGCCGAGGGUGAAGCCGAGAGUGCCGAGAUCAUCAGCAAGGCGGUCGCCAAGGCUGGCAGCGGUUUGAUCGAAAUCCGUAAGAUCGAUGCCAGCAAGGAGAUUGCGCAGACCUUGGCGACCAACCCCAACGUGACGUAUUUGCCCGGUGGAGAGGGCAAAGACGGUGGGAAGAGCACAAGCCUCUUGUUGGGCCUGCGGUCGUAA